GCAAUUUAUUCGAUGUUUCAAAACCAUCAAAUGUAUCAAAUGUAAUGAAUGUACUACUGAACAGUAAUGAAUACAAUACCGGAAGCAAUAAUCAAUACGAUAGAACCGGAAUCAGAAUUCAACAGAGUACCGGAACCGGAAGAACCUGAACCGGAAGUUCCAUCUACAUCAAGAGCAGAUGAAAUUGUUAUUGAACAUCCGACUACUGAACGUGUCCGUGAUACGUUAUUGCGAGGUGUAGGAGUUGCACACUCUGUAGAUUUGACGCCGAAAGCGCGUUCGCUAUAUAAACAUGCGCGCAAAAUACGAAACAAAUUGUGCACAUACAAAAUGAGACCUCUAAGCUUCAAGAAUAGAUUAAAACUAGCAGAGAAGCAGUAUAACUUUCCUGAAACGAAUUUAAGGAAGCUUUAAAUUUUUGUUUGGCGCAAUUAAAUAGAAAAAACAAAAAGGCCAAAGGCAACAGAUAUUCGACGGAGGAAAAAUUAAUGUGUUUAGCGUUAUACAUAUAAAACAUCUGGAGCGGCAUACAGAUAUUUAUCAGCAUGGUUCAAAUUACCAUCGAAAACAACCAUAAACCGAUUGUUGAAUAAAAUUCCUGUAACGGCUGGCAUAAAUGAAUAUAUUAUUGAAAAUGGUCAACAAGCAGUGCAACCAUUAAAAAAGAAAGACAAAUUUUGCUGCCUCAUUUUUUAUGAGAUUUUACUGAAACCAAAUGUUGAAUAUAACAUAUACAAGGACAACACUGAAGGUGUACACAACGGACAUAUUAUCGAUCACGCUUUGGUGUUUAUGAUCAAAGGAAUAAUAAAAAAGUGGAAGCAGCCGUUGUGUUACACUUUCAGUAAAGGUCUCGCGAAGCCGGACACAAUAAAAAAUAUUAUUGUAUAGUUGGUGAAAAAAUUAAACGGAAUAAAUGGCUUACACAUACUUGCCAUUAUAUGCGAUCAAGGAUCGACAAAUAGGUCGGCCAUAGAGGGGCUGGUAAAUGAGGCCAGGGAGGUAUUU